GGUUUGGCCCUUUUGGGGAGCACACUGUGAAUGCCAGCUGGAUUGCUGUUCAGGAACUGGAAAAGCUGGGCCUUGGGGACAGCGUGGACCUGCAUGUGUAUGAGAUCCCUGUGGAAUACCAGACUGUACAAAGGCUCAUCCCUGCACUGUGGGAGAAGCACAGUCCUCAGCUUGUGGUGCAUGUUGGGGUGUCAGGCAUGGCCACCACAGUGACACUGGAGAAGUGUGGACACAACAAGGGCUACAAGGGACUGGAUAAUUGCCGAUUCUGCCCUGGGUCACAGUGCUGUGUGGAGGACGGCCCAGAGAGCAUUGACUCCAUCAUUGACAUGGACGCUGUGUGCAAAAGGGUGACCACGCUGGGGCUGGAUGUGUCCGUUACCAUCUCCCAGGAUGCUGGCAGGUACCUGUGUGACUUCACCUAUUACACCUCACUCUACCAGGGCCGCGGCCGAUCGGCUUUCGUCCAUGUGCCCCCACUGGGCAAGCCCUACAAUGCCGACCAGCUAGGCCGGGCACUCCGGGCCAUCAUCGAGGAGAUGCUGGGUGUUCUGGAGCAGGUGGAGGGGGACGUCAGCUGUUGCCACCAGCACUGACAACCACGCACACCCAAGUGCUGUGAGAGGAGACACAGCUGGGCCCAUGAAAUGCCCUGACUCAAGUCUGUUCCUCCUCUUGGUGGACCACUAGGCAGGUGGAUGGAGAGACCUCUUUCUGGAUAUUGUCCUGUGUCUGGGGAUACGGCUGUUGUGCUCAGAGGCUGAGGUCAGGGUGAGAUGGCCACAGGCUGGUGGCCUGCACACCUGCCAUGCUACUACCUUGACCCCAACACACUCUGCUCUCCCAGGUCUGUGGACCAAGAGUCAGAGCUUUCUCUCUGGCCAGCGUCUCACAAAGUGUCGUAAAGGAGUCAGCUCUAAUCAUGUCCAUAAACCCUGGAUAGUUCCUGGCAAAACCACCUGGAACUUGGCUGCCUUUUCUGUCCUGUCAUCCCCCCACCCCUAGACUCCACCCUGUCUUCCCCUCUCUCUCUCUCUUCCCCCUAUCCCCCUCCUCCCCCUCUUCCCCUUCCUCCAGUGCUAGAGUAGGGAACAGAGUAAUUUAUAUUCCCAUUGUUAAAACUUAAAAAAAGACCAACAAGUGUCUUUUCUUUCUCCAGGGUUGUGAGGCCUCUUUUGCCUCCUGCCCUGAAAGUGUCAUCAUAAUUUGGGUCACCAUAGUUGUCUCCCUUGCUCCAAAGAUCAGGCUGCUGUCACCACCAAGGGCCUGGCCUUUCCCUGGGCCACAUUGACCCUGUCAUGACCUUUCUUUUCUUGUUUUAUUUUUGUAGAGGGUGUUUGUUUGUUGUCUUUUUUUUUUUUUGAGUCAGGGUCUCAGGUAGCUCAGUUGACCAUUUAAACUUACUAUGUAAUCCAAGCUAGUCUCAUUUGAACCCCUGACCCUCCUGCCUCAGGUCCCUAAGUGCCAGGAGAACACCUGGGACCAGAACCGCACAGUUCUGGGCAUGCCCUGAAGCAGUCCCUUCAGUGCCCAGGCAUGCCCCUGCAGGUUGUGUCUGCCACAGGGACAUCUGGUGAGCUGUGUUUGGAAGUGUACCUGGGACUCCAGCCAGCCUUUGUCUCCCGCUGACUUUGAACUUCCAGGCCUGGAGGAGGGGCUGGCUGUGACGUAUGGCUUGGACUCCAUCCAAGACAAAGUGUAGUUCCUGCCACCAAAAGCCUUGUGCAUUUUGGUUGUCACCUUCUGUUUUAUGGAGGGAUGGUGUAGGGGCACUCACUGCCCCCAAGUGUGAUUGGAUGGAUCUGGAUUUCAGGGUAACCUCUCAUCCCUGUACCUUUUUUUUUUUUUUAACUGUUGUUUGAGACAGGGUCACUGAAGCUGGUGUCCAACUCAAAUAUGUAGCUGAGGCCGACCUUGAACUCCCGACCCUCCUGCCUCAGCCUGCCCAGUGCUGGGCUGGGCUACUUUUCAGCUCAGAUGUUAUUGUUCUGGUGUGAUUUCCUCGGGCUACCUUCUUUGCUCAUCCUGCCUCUCUGGAGCUUCCCUGUCUCCAGGUAGACAUCUGGGCACUAGGCUCUCCUUCAAGUCUCAGGGGUGAGGGCAACCCUGGGGAGACUUGCUGUCCCCACAAAGACAACUGUGGAUGUGGCUGGCAGAUUUAAAUAAUCAUGGCUCUGCUGCCUUGCCCUGUGCUGGCACUCUCUCCCAGGGGGAAUCAUAAGUAAGGGAUCUCCUCAGGACCCUUUGGGACAUCGUGUAGACCAGGCUGGCCUUGAACUCCUGAUCCUCCUGCCUCAGCCUCUCCCCGAGGUGACAAAGCUACCACUGUCCCUGGAUUCUGUGCCCAGUGACUUUGGGUUUUGUAUUUUGAGGCAUGUUUUUUCUACCUGAACUCUGUAGCUCAGGCUGGCCCUCCAACUUGUGGCAAUUCUCCUGCCUCAGAUGUCCCCAGCUCCUGUCAAGUCUUCAUGUGGGCUCCAGGCUGCACUCCACUCUCAAAUUCCUCAAAGUUCAGGCAGCACCAUGGAUGGGGCAGUGUGCAUGUGAGGAGAAGGAGGAGGCAGGAGGGCUGGGGAGGGUGUGGCCCCUGCACCCCAAACCCAUGUCUCCACCCUCCCAUGUCACCUGUGCUGGGAGCACCAUGCACACCUCAGAGACAGGCCUUCCCCUCUGGCCACCCCGAGAGUGUAUGUGUCAUGUAUUUAUUUAUUAGGCCUCCAUUGAUCACUCCCUUGCCCUGUCCCCAAACUUGAUUUUCCUCCUCUUUGUUUCUUGGUGGGUGGAGCUCAAGGGGUCUAUAGUUGCCAGGUGUAUAGUUGCCUAGCCUGGCCAUAUUUGACUCUUAAGGACCAGGUCACCCCCACCCUUGCUGCUCUUCCCUGCCAUUCUCAGGAAAGGAAGGGUAGGAUGGGUGGGCGGGGUCAUGCAGAGGAGGAAUGCUAGGAUAGAUUUGAAGCCAGGGAUGUGAGUAGGGACAGUGAUUGGUGUCUGGGAUCUCAGCCAGGCUGAGAAAGUAUCUGAUUUAUGCUGUCAGCUUAGAGAUGGGAAUGUAGCUUGUGGACUGUGUGUGCUGUGUUCCCAAGGCUGCGGGCAGUCAGCCUGGAUCACCACAAUGGAUGGGACCUAGAUCUUUUGGGUUUCUUUGUCUUUGUUUGUUUUUGAGGCAGGGUCUUGUGUAGCCCAGGCUGGUUUCCCACUCAGUAUGUAGCUGAGGAAGACCCUGAACUUAUGCCUCCAUGUCCCUGGGAUGACAGGUAGAAGCCACCAUGCCUGACUUGGAGGCAGAUAGUGUCAGCUAAAAUGGGGAAUCUCAUGUUCUACUAUGCUCAUGGCUUACAUGGAAGCCUCCAGCAAAUGGUGGGCUCCUGAGGCUAGGGGAAGGUGCUUUUGUGUGGAUUGGGCUGGGAGCCAGGCCAGCUGCUAUGUACACAGGCUGCUUGUGCCCUCGACCCGUGGGUGACCUCACUGUGUGCAAGGAAAGUGCCUCCACCCUGCACCCCCCCCCCACUGUCUAGACAGCUCACCUUUGACCUCCCUACCCCUUGGAGAGUCUGAGCCCAGAAGUCCCCUCCAGGAAUGAAAAGACAAAGCCUGGUUUCUUCAGUCUCAGCCUAAGAGAGCACAGUCGCUGUGGGGUGCCGAUGGCAUCCCAAAUACAGACCCAGGUUGGCUUCCACAGUCCACUAUCCCUCUGCAUCCAUAGGCUGAGGGGAGCAAAAGGGGGGGCUUUAUCUGUAUCAGGUAAAAUGUCCCCCCAAAGCAGUUGGCUGGAGGGGGCACUUGUCUCUUCCGUGUUUAUGAAGUAGGAAUGAACCCGACUCAGGGUUUGGGUUUGAAGAGCCAAAACCCCCCUGAGUGGCCACUGAACAUGCCUGUUGGUGGCACUGUCCCUGGGUUCAGGAGUGCUGGUAGCAAGCUCAGGCUGUAAGGGUCUCGUCAUCCAGGCGGUGGACGAAGGAGAAUCAGGAGUUCAAGGCCAGCUUCCCCUUUGUAGUCAGUUAGAGGCCCAGCUGGGCUACAUGGGACUUUGUCUUAACAAGUAGAGAGUAUGGAAGAGGGGCGGGCAGGGUGGCUCAGUGGGUAAAGUCAGUUACCACCACACUGAAAAGCUUCCAUUUGGUCCUCAGCUACCAGAAGUGGAUGAAGAAUGCCUCCCCAAAUGUGUCCUGUGCUCCCCACAUGUUCUGUAGCAUGUGUGCACCCACAAAAUAAAAUGUGGGGUUCUGUUUGCUUUUAACAGUAAGAACCAGAACCUGGUGUCCCGAUCGUAACUCCAGCCUCGAGGCUGAAGAAGGAAGAUGAGCUUGAGUUUGAGGCCAGCCUGAGAUACAGAAACCCUUGUCUGAAAAAGAGCAAAAGAGAGGAUGGGACCGGAAAGGUGGCUUUGCAUUGAAGGCACUGGCUGGUUCAGUCCCCAGCAGCCACAGUAGGUGGCUCACAAGGGCCAUGACUCCUCCAGAAGAUCCAGCCCCUCCCCAGACACAAACUCUCACAGACACAGAAUUAAAAGUAAAAUAAUCUUGAAAAAUAACAAGUGAGACAGGUGGAUACCCUGCACAGAACUCUCCUCCCUCAGCGGCUGUGGGCAGCACACAGAUGCCCAGCUCUGCCCAGGAUCCACUGGUGGGACACCGGUGUGUCAUGGCCUGGCACUGGGACCUGACUCACUGUAGCCAGGUUCCCUGCCACACUGGGGCUCAGGAUUUCAUAUCCCAACUAUGUUUGGGGGACUCUCAGAGAGCUGUGUUUUCAUGGUUCUACUCUAGCCCUUGAAGCCUCUAUGGCCUCCUUGCUUGUGCCUUCGGGAUGGCGAUGGCAACCCUGUGCCCUGGGUUUUUUUUUGUUUUGUUUUUUUGUUUUUUGUUUUUUUUCCUUCUAAGAGGUUUAACUAAUGCUGGAUGGCAUGAGGCCAUUCACGCCCAAGGCUUGGGGUGGCUUUGCCCAGGGAGGCCACAACCACACCUUGUGAAGUGCUUCUCUUUGGCCUGCCUGAGGGCCCUGGCUUGUUCAUGGUAACCCUCUGUAUCUCAUGUGUUUUCUUGUCCCAUGGAGGGGGGCUCUUCUGUCCCCCUAGCCUCUAGCCCAUUGUGCCUUCUCUUUAACCCUAGAGUUCCUUAGCCUGGUGUCCGGCAUUCAGAAGAGAACAGUCUGCCAGGCUGUACUCUGGGAGGCCUCACACUUUUUACCCAGAAACCAAUAAAGUUGUUGAAACAUGU